UGAACUGAGGGAGGAGCUACAACCAAAACACGAAAAUUAUUAAAGAAAUCGAAUUAUUCUCAGUAAAUUCUUCGGUUAAAACAGGUGCUACUAUGGAAGUCUUGCCAUUUGAGGAGGUGGAGCGUGUUGUUGGUCCCAGAAAGAAACUGCAGCAGAAAGCUCUUUACAUUCAGAACUCAGAGUAUUACAACAACCUCAUCUCAACAUAUUACAGCUUCUCUGAAGACUCCAGUGAUGAGGAGGUAUACAAAAUACCACUGGCGGCUAGUGAGAAAAGCUCUGUGUGCUGUGUUUGUGGAGACAACAUCCCCUUCCUGGAUAAACUGAUAGAGCACUUUAAGACACACACAGCGGUGGUGUAUUGUCACCUGUGUCAGACAAAGUUUGGCCGUGUAAUGUCACUAGCGUUGCACUUAAAAAAUGCCCACACAAAGGACUGUCAUUUAUGUGAUGUCUGCGGAGCUCUCUUUAGUUGCACAUGGCAUCUCAAUGGGCAUAUAGGAAUGCAUCAGAAAGACAACAUGAAGGUAAAACCUGUUGUUAAAACCGAGGAGACUGAAGCAGUUAGCAUCGCCAAGACUUCAAGCUGCAUUGAUUUGAAAAGAGUAAUCUCAAUGGAUCAUGCAUAUUUUGACUCGGAACAAAAUGUGGCAAGCAACACGUCCAGUCGCUUGCAGAAACAGACUGAUAGUGAAACAAACUCCAUCGAUGAAACCCUACACAUCAAAACAGAACCUGAAAGUUUCCCUCUUGAUGAAGAGAAACAAAAUGACACCUUCAGCUCUUCCUCCUUUCAGAACCAAACACAAACAGAGCACCUUAGUUCUGGACUAAAGCAGGAGAAUGACAAUGAGGUUGAAGACGUGUCCGUUUACAAGGUGGUCGCAGAGGAGGUCAUUGGCCUGACAGGGGAUGGAGAGAGUACAGACUCUGAUGAAGAUGCCAACCCUGACUCGCUGCCCCCAGGUGACACUGCAUACAAUCCAGAUGAGGACUUCAGCUCAGAUUCUGAUUAUAAUGAGUCUUGCAGAUCUCUGCAAAAGAGACUGAAGCCACAGACGCCUGACAAGAAAGCAUCUGUGAAUGCGAAUCUGGAUUUGAAUGGCAUUGAGAAGAAAUUUGGCUUUCAGUCCGAUUCCCCCUUUUGCUGCUAUGGCAAAUUCGCCAAUUUGGGAAAGCACAUGGAUGAUUGCAGUAAGAAAACGAUGUGGUCCUGUUGCCUGUGUAAGGUAGCAUGCGAGAAUGAAGAGUCGCUCUUAAAGCACAUGACCGAAAAACACCCUAAGACUUCGUAUAUCUGCUCGGCCUGCCACAAAGUUUUCCCUAGACAGGAAAAUUUCAAAAAUCAUGUGUGUUUGAAACCUAGAGGCAACAUGGUCACCCCACUAACCCAGUUACCCAACAUGCCUUUGUCUUAUAGCAGCAAUCAGGGAAAGCCCCUUGCCUCUGCUUUGCACACCAAUCAGAGCACAGUUAACAUUCUUAACUUUAUUCCAGCACUUAACAACGUUUCCACUGAUCCUCCACGUCCAGUGACAUCCUUGGGGUCAACAGAAGCUCUGACGCUGCACCAACUGCUUCAGACAACUCCUGCGGUCAAUCCUAAAGUAACUAAUUUGGUUCCACAAGUUGUGGCUGUCCCACAAACUCUUGUGAGGCCCAGUUUUGCACCUAGUUUAUUUGUUUCCCACCCAAACAUUCCCGUUCCUACACCUUCAGUAGUGCGUCCCUUGUUGUUGAAUCCAUCGAGGUUGACCAUUCGUAUCCCUACGCCUUCCAGUCGUCCUCUUCCAAUUGUCGUUUCUUUUUCCCCCAAUGUGAACACUUCUACACCUGCUCUGGUAUCCUCAAGCAGGACUGUUCUUAGACAAACGCCUGUGCCUACGAUUAGACCUAUACCUGUGAACAUCCCGCCGGUCACCUCAGUUGCCUGUCCUACCCUGGUGAGCGCUCUUACCAGGAAUAACCAAUCUCAGGUUUAUCCUGCCCAGAUUCAGGCUCCGUUACGAAUAGUGGGCAUGUACAUGAACCACAUGGCUCUGCAAAAGCCUCUCGAGCAGAGCUGGAGCUCCAAGACCAUCUUCCCCUGUCGUCACUGUGGUGCUGUUUCCAGACAACCGUCGCUGAGGGUCCGCCAUCGCUACCUUCACCGUGGAUCAAGGUUAUACAGGUGUCAGUGUGGAAGGUCUUUCCAAAGGCAGCUGCAUCUGCUGAGGCAUCAGGUCCAGCAUGCGGAGUCGGUUCAGUUUGUCUGCACGUGGUGUGGAAAUACGUUCAAAGGGGCACAUAAACUGACCUCCCACAAACGGAAGCAUAGAAAAGGUAGGCGGCAAACAAAGAAGAAAUGCAAGGUGGUCUUUGACUGUAGUUGUGGACAGAUAUUUGCAAGGCCGUCCGCGUUGUUGUGGCAUAUGCUUAAAAACACAAAACACACUGGAAAACACUCAAAACCUGUCACUGUUUGAAUUGUUUGAAUAAAUGAGAUGAAAGUAAUAAUUGAAACACUUCCCGUCAACUGGAACUUUUUUUUUUUACUUGAUUAAUCUUUGAAAAACACUUUCAUUGUUGAGUGGUCAAUGGUGGUGGAUCUAAUACAGUUUAUUUAAGACUUGACAUGAGCCGAUGGCCAAAUACGUGACACUUUAAUCACUAAGUUUGAAAGAAAUGUGAGCACUGCUAUAAUUUAGAUAGUUGGUGAAUCUAUAGAAUAUUUUUUUACUGGUCAAAAAUUUAGACUACUGAAAGAAUUCUGACUAAUAAUAUUUUAUGCAAGUUCAUAUUUUUAUUGACCAAAGAAAAAUACAACACAAUUUUCUUCAUUUUUAUAGGUGUUUUGUGUCAUACAUCAGUGAUUGGUUCUAACUCUUUUGUAAUAAAAACUGUACAUAAAUACACAGAGACAUUUGUCUCUUGCUUUUUUUUCAGGCUUACUCAUCCUCUAUAGUUGGGAAAACACAAAGUUGCGUUAACAUGAGAUGGCUUUAUUAAAAUGUGCAAAAAUAAUGCUGUAAACGUUUUUCAGUCAUUUCCCCAUCAUUGUUCUUGUAGUUUUCACAAUAGAACACGCAAAACUGAAUUCCUGAUCAACUUAUCUGGAAUCUAAAGCA